AUCUUCUGCAUACGUGUCCACAUACGACGUCAUUCUCCAUCUGAUUUCACUUGCCUAUAUAUAAUACACGAAACACACACUCCCAGAUAGACGCUGACACACAGAGUGUAUUCUUUCUCUACUGCAAGGAACACGACAGAAAUAGACAACCAUGUUGAAGAUUGCCCUAGUUGUGUUGCUGGCUGUUGUCCCUUUCAUUUCAAGUCAGAAGGUUGGAAGUCAGGUGCCCUACACUACCACUUUAGAUGACCCCUAUGUUUUGUUUGCCGUCGAAGCAAUCAACACCUUCUAUGAGCAUCAAGGGGACAAUAAUCUGAGAACAGCAGUCAAAAUUGUCAAAGCCACAGUUCAGGUGGUUGCUGGUGCACUGUAUAGAUUCACCAUUGAAGUCAGCGGCGGAAGCACGAACGAAGAUUGUACUGUAGCCGUCUGGAGCCGCCCAUGGCUACCUGGUAAUGUAGCCAUCCAACUAAAGGGAACACCAUCCUGUGUAGAAUCAGCAUAAAUAACUGCCAACUUAUUUAUUUAUUUUUGUUUAUUAUAAGAUGGGCUUAAAGCUAUUUCAAAAUAAACAUAAAUACCUAAAAUGUU